UUUCAAGAAGUACGCCUUUUCAGUGCCGUCAGGUUCCAACGCCAUGAUUCUUCCAGUGAUAGUCCAGGCGCUAGUGCCGAAAUCCUCUACGGAGAGGAAUUUUCGUCCCUCGGGCAAGGCUGAGAACAAUGUCAGUAGCUUUCAGUUGUGAUGUACCCUUGGAUGAAGUUUACCUUCGAUCACGGCUUCGUCCAUGGGGAACACUCCGUCAAGCUUCGCAAAUAUUUCCUUACUUGUACUGAUCGGAAUCACCACCUAUGUCGUUGCAUGAAUGGGCCCGCUAUGGUGCAGUCCAACGAGUUAUGACUCAAAGCUGCAAGAGGACCGGGCACGAGGACCUUGUUUCAUACCCUCCACCUCUCUCCUACCUCUUGAAUAUUUGAAGGGAUGAACAUCAUUCCCCUUCUCUACAACUAUGACUGACCACCAGGAAAUAUCGCCGACGCAAGAUACCGGUACAAAGGCUGCACCAACAGACAAGAUUGAAAGCUCACAAUCUAGCGAAACGUCCUCUCCAGGAGAAGAGCAGUACUCCGUAUUCUCAGACGGCAUACGCACCUACUUAGCCUACCUCCUCGGCUACAUCAUGACCAUCUCAACCCUCACAGCCACGAUCUACUUCCGGCUGAUACCAAUGCUUAGCAAACACUUUUCCGUCUCUGUUCAAGCUAUCAAUUUGACAGUAACCGUAUACGCCGUCUACCAGGCAAUAUCUCCUGGGAUCUUUGCGGUUUUAGCGGAUAUGUACGGCCGUCGUCCUGUUCUCCUAGCUUUGAUUACCAUGUAUGCGUGCGCGAGUUUGGGCCUCGCCUUGAACCGCAGUAGCCACGCCGCGUUGAUGUCUCUCCGCGCACUGCAGAGUAUCAGCGGCCCUGCCACUCCGCCAAUUGCGUACGGCAUCGUUGCUGAUGUCGCCAUUGUAUCUGCUCGCGGAAAGAUGCUGGGUCCUAUGCUGUCAACGUGCAACGCCAUAUCGGCUGUGGGACCAGUCACUGCGGGAGCGAUUGCUUUGAGCACCAACGGGUAUACUUGGGCCCUCUUGUCAUUGCCGGUGGUGGCCCUGAUUUGCCUCUUCCUGGUUGGGGUUGGACACUCCCGGAGACGGCUCGCAGCGUCGUCGGCAACGGACCAAAGCCAGUUCAUGGAAUAGUUAUGGCGAACUUGGGCGUCCAAUUUACAUGGCGCGAGAAACGACGAAGCUCCACAGCAAACCGCGACUACAAUCGGGGCAUCAUUUGAGAAAAUCAACCCGGGACCUGUUAAGUGUCUUCGGCUCUCUUCGAAAUUAUCCUAUACCCAGAUGCCGCCAUAAUACUUUUGGAUGGUAGCCUCAUCAUACUCCAUCUAUUGCAUGUUCCAGGUUGCUAUCCCAGUAA